CGUGUUCUACGACAUCCUCUGCUUCCUGAGCUCCAUUGUCGGGCAGGAUAAAGUCCUGACCAAAAUCGACCCCUGCUACCACCUGUUCUUCCUGCGCGGGCUGGACGGGCUGAUUGCGGAGGACUUUGAUGACAUGGUAGAUGCCAUCGUGGGCCGCGCGGAGGACCUCACUGCCGCGGCUCGCGGCGCGUCGGAGAGAGCCUGGCGCAGCUGGGCUCAGGCGACCUUCAAUGGGGGAGCGAAGGCUGCCCAUGCUGCAUCCAAGGUCAGGGCGCAGCAGGGACUCGUUGCCCCCGAGGCCGACGCCCAGCCAUGCAUCCUCGCGGACCGCACCAUGGACGAGUGGAAGCGGAUCUGGGCGACCCAUGGGCUGGAAGAGCUGCCUCUACCCAGGGGUGCACCUACGUGGGAGGAGCUGCCUAGCCUGACGGUCCAUGACCUACGGCAGGCCAUCCGACCGUUCUCGCUCGCCACCGCCUCGGGGCCCACCCUCAUUCCACCCAGGGCGCUCGAGCACUUAUCGGAUGAGGCCCUCAGUAGGUUGACGCAGAUGUUCGAGGUCUUUAAGCUGCACUUACGGGUCGCGCCGACAAUCAAACCGCGUUCGCUGGUGGGCGACAUCGGCCUGCAGAUGGUUUCCCCCGACAUCGGUGAUGUCAAGCUGCCGCUGCGCGCUGCGACGGCGCUCGCUGCAGAGGCCAGGGACCUCGGGCUUAUUCUCCAACCUGCUGAGUCCGCGGUAGUGGCUGGAACAGCGCAGGUCCGCCCCGCGGUGCGCGGGGCCCAGCGGCGGCUGCCUCGGGCGGCGCCCCAAGCCCGACACAUGCGCAACCUCGGCCACGAGCUGCAUGGCCCUCGAGUGCAAAGGAAGGUUGAGAAGAAGCGCAUGACGGCCGCGCGGGAGCGCAAGCACCGCCUCCUCAUGCUGCGUCGCGCGGCAGGGCGCAAGGCCCCCACCCAGCGGCGGACUGGGCCCAUGCCGCCCGCAGGGCGCGGCGCUGGGGUGCCGGGGUUGGUGGGCGCGCCCCUGCGUGAGAUGCGCAACUUGGCCGCGGUGCUAGACGGGCGCAGUGACAAACACCACGCGGGCGCCACGGCAUACCUCCUUGCUGGCCCUUCGGAGGAGUACGACCCCAUCUAUCAUGCCACGCUGGACCUGGUCUUGAACUGCGCCGCCUGGAUUUGGGAUGGGCGCGCGUUACCUAGCCGCCUUCAAAGGGCUUGGACAGCGCCCCAUGACCGGCUUGCCCCCAUCAGUUGGGCCAGUGCCAAAAGCCCCCUGGCCGCGACGCGGUUGACGCUCAGGCGGCCAGCCUGGGACACGAAAGCGCCGCACGUCUUGCAGGACGACCUGGGCAACCAGCGCGACCUGCACCGCGCGCGCCCCGCUGACCCGCGCCCGUUUUUGGCGCAAGGCGCGCGGCGCUGGCAGCACGACCGCCUCGCCAGCCACAUGCACCCCCACGCCCGUGCGCCCAUCUGGCACCGCGGGCCCAGGCGCGCGGUCAAGGGCGCCCGCGCCGCAAGGCAACUGGGAGCGUUACAGGCUCUAUGGUCUGACAACAUACCCAUGCCGAUCCGCGGGGACAUGAAGCUCGACAUGCCCAUGCGCCCUUGUCAGGGGGGCUGCGACCCGUGGGGCAGGGGCCGACGGGCCAUGUCCAAGGCCUGCGACAGGCGCAGAACCCUGAAAUACAGCAGUGCUCAGCAGGGCUUCGGCGACCUGCGCCAGCACGCCCGCGACAACCUUGCGAGUCGGGCCAACCCGACCCUGCCGACCCUGCCGACCCGACCCAGCACCAUGGAGGCCGAGGACGACUUCUUUCCAGGCUUCGGGCAAGGGGUCGAUGAAGAGGUCGACCUUGCGCCACCCGAUGUGUGCGACGGCCAUCAGGAGAAGGCGCGGCUGGACGCGCAGA